CUGAUGCUGUUUUGCCUGUCUGAUGCCAUCAUCUGAUCCCUGCAUGGAAUGAAAAGCAGUGAGAUGUCACUUACAGCAGGACACCGAGUGCUUCCCGUGCUGCGUGCAAGCAAAACACAUCGCUGAAUGAGGCUCUGUCAGCUGGGAUGUACGGCCAGUGGAGGGCGUGGGCUAGAUGUCUGCAUGCCUAUUCCUGGAAGAUGAAGCAAUGCCCUGGAAGCGUUUUCCUCUCUGGGUAAAGAUUCAUGAAUAGCUGGAUGUUACAGAAGAGCACAAGAAUGGGUAAAGAUUUCCGUUACUACUUCCAGCAUCCAUGGUCACGCAUAGUUAUUGCUUAUCUGGUGACGUUUUUCAAUUUUUUAAUAUUUGCCGAGGAUCCCGUGUCUCACAGCCAGACGGAAGCCAAUGUCAUUGUUGUAGGGAACUGCUUUUCAUUUAUAAUGACUAAAUAUCCAGGAGGAGCUUGGAACUUUUUAAAAGUCCUUCUUUGGCUUAUUGCCAUCAUCGUUGGGCUUGUUGUCGGGAAGCUCCUAUUUCACCAACGUUUAUUUGGUCAGUUACUCCGUCUGAAAGUGUUUAGAGAUGACCAUGGCUCUUGGAUGACAAUGUUUUUCAGCACAAUACUUUUCCUCUUUAUCUUCUCACAUAUAUAUAAUCUUUGUCUUCUUAUGGCUGGAAAUAUGAGUCCAUACAUUAUAAACGAAUAUAUGGGUAUCAGGAAUGAGAGCUUUAUGAAGGUAGCAGCAGUUGGAACGUGGAUGGGAGACUUUGUGACAGCCUGGAUGGUGACAGAUAUGAUGCUUCAGGACAGUCAAUACCCAUACUGGGGGAAAUCUGCAAGAGCUUUCUGGAGGAGGGGGAACAUCCGGAUAAUUUUGUUCUGGACAGUGUUAUUCAGCCUGACCUCUGUGGUUGUUCUUGUCAUCACUACUGACUGGAUAAGCUGGGACAAGCUGAAUCGUGGAUUUCUACCCAGUGAUGAGGUCUCAAGAGCUUUUAUGGCAUCCUUUAUCUUGGUUUUUGACCUUCUCAUUGUUAUGCAGGACUGGGAAUUCCCACACUUCAUGGGGGAUGUUGAUGUCAAUCUUCCCGGUUUAUCUACGUCACACAUGCAGUUCAAACUACCGCAAUUUCAAAGGAUUUUUAAAGAAGAAUAUCACAUACAUAUAACAGGUAAAUGGUUUAACUAUGGCAUUAUCUUUCUUGUGCUAAUCCUUGAUCUCAACAUGUGGAAGAACCAAAUAUUUUACAAGCCAUCACCAUAUGGCCAGUAUAUAGGCCCAGGUCAGAAGAUCUAUACAGUUGAAGAUGCUGAAAGUUUGCAAUAUCUUAACCAGACAAUGCUAUCUUGGGAGUGGAGGUCAAACAACACAGACCCUUAUACCAACAGAAGCUAUGUUGAAGGUGACAUGUUCCUUCAUAGUAGGUAUAUUGGGGCAAGUCUUGAUGUGAAAUGUUUGGCUUUUAUUCCAAGCCUUUUGGCCUUUGUGUUGUUUGGAUUCUUUAUUUCAUUCUUUGGGCGCUUUCAUAAGAGUGAACAAGGCAUGGAGAAUAAAGAUAAAUCAUACAAACGCAUCAACAAGAAGUCCCCUUCUGAACACAGCAAGGAAAUGGGAAUGACCAUAGAAAAUUUGCAAGCUGUCGUUGAGGAACCCUUAUGUCUACAUCAUCCAACAAUGGUAGAUGGAAGAACAAAGGAAGAUGAAGUGUUGUGCUACCCUUCUUCUACACCAGAGUUAGACAACCCUUCUUCAUUGUCACGAUCUGAGCCAGUGGCAGACAUCGUCCCCUUUGAUGAUGCUAUUAGUUAACCAUGUUUUGAAUGGACAUGACAGUAAUGUAUACUUAUGGGCUCCGAUACCUCUUGUGCUCAUGUAAAUAAGUUUAACUGGUGCUCAAAAAUGUACAAUCUACACAUGUUUGUAUUUUGCUAUGUGCCUAUAUUUAACAUUCCUUAGUAUGUAGGUGCGCACCUGAUAGUUGCACAGAAAUGUAGAAGUUUAGGGUUAUUUAAUAAAUAGGUGUAACACUAACCAUGCUUUGUAACAAUGAAACAUCACAUAAUUAGAACACACAAUAGUCAAGUUUAUUUGACCAUGAAUGGGGUUUUAAAUUAAUGAAAGGUGCAAGGUGUUGCUGUAAUCUUGGUG